GUGUGGCGGGGGGUCGGAGAUUCGUGAUCCUUGAGGUCCCUUCCAACCUGGGCCAUUCUGUGAUUCUGUGAGUCACCAGAGUGACACAGAGGAACAGUGCUGGGUAAUUUAUGCAGCUUUCUAACAAGCAGUCAGCUCGGUCCAGGCAAAAGCGGGCAACUUUCUAACAACAAGUCGUAACCGUUACGCGUAAAGAGCGCUUUGGAACAGCUGUGAUUUCCGCACCAACUGCCUGCAGGUCAGUGUAGGCAACGGCUACUAAAGAAAAAUGAGUAAGGCAACAUUGAGAGGAAAGAAAAGAAGGGAAAGAAAACAGAGAGGGGCAGCACUCCCAGGCGGGGCGGGCAGCAGGCUGCCGGUGCCGGCGUCAUAAUGGGCCACGGCCAGCACCGACCACGCUGUCACCGCGUUGCCGUGGCGACGUUUGUGACACGGCCACCCGGGAGGGGUAUGAAGGCGCUCACGGCGGUGGGUCCUGCAUCCUGAAGGAGCAUCUGGCAGAGAGCAGACGCGUCUGAAGGAUGAGCUCCGGCAUGGCUGGCGCCAACAAGGAGCAACCCGCCGGCACGAGGCGGAACAGGAGGAGCCAGGACGGCCCCGCAGUGGGGCGUGCCUCCGGACCGACAGACACCCACAGCGAAGGUACACGGGUCCGCAGCCAGCACAGGAGCGGUGCUGCAGCCCAUCUGGGGACUGCCACGACACUUUCCAUCUGCCACCUCCCUCCCGGCCCGAGGCAGUAGGAGCGCCGGGAAGCGGCAGAUGCAGAGUGUGACCUGCUUUUCCUCUGCCCUCCAGAGCGAGUUGCCGUCUGGGAUGCGGUGGCCGCCUACGUACGGGAGCAGCUCCUGGGGCACAAGGGGGUCUGGAUUCCCACCUUCGGCUCGUUCGACACCAUCUCCAAAGACAUCAGGACUGCGGACGGGACCGUGGCUCUGCGCUGGCCCGUCUUUCAGCUGGCCAGGAACCUCAGAGCCAUGCACCACCUCAAGUCCGACAAGGAAUCCCUGUCGGCCCAUAAGGAGGUGGAGCCCCUGAAAUACAGCGAGGUGGCUGCCGCUGCCUCUGUGACCUGGCAGAGAGGGAAGACCUGCAUCCAGAACACCGUGGCCCUCCUCUCCAGCUGCCUGAAAAGUGGGGAGAACGUUGCCUUUGUCCUGAAGGACAUAGGAGUGCUCCUCUUUCAAGGAAUGACCUUUGAAGUCAGAUACUACUACGACUUCCUGGAGAAGAUCUGUGGGAAAGAGAAAUUCAGAAAAGUUGUUUUCAAGGUCCCCUGGCUGCUGGACAUGUUGGUGUCCCAGGUGGCACCGGUGGCCUCCCUGGCGCUCUCUGGCCGGCUCGUUGUCUUUCCCAUGUUUCAAAAGCAGUUUGUACCCAAACCGCCGCCCAGGAUAUUCCGCAAGACCUCCGGAGACGUCCCUGGUGCGGGGAAGCAAAAGAAAGAAGGGGCUUUGCCACCUCUUUUCCAGGGCAGGAAAGUGAGAUUUGCAGAUGCGCCAGCGUUCAUCAGACGCUUCAGCACUCCAAGUGCAGCUGGAGAAAGCUCGAGAAGCAGAAGAAGCUUACUGCAGAAGGAGAGGCCUUUCAGUCCGCUGCCAGCAAUCCCGAGUGUGUGCGAAGCCCGCGAGCAGCCGGUGAGCUGGCAGCUGCAGGGCCAGGCAGGAACCGAAGGCCAAGAAGACCUGGGCCAAAGAACAGGAACGAAACACGUCCGGUUCCAAGAAUGUGAACAACGUGAGGGUGGAGCGGCGGAGCCAUGGAAAGCAAAGUCCUCGCCCCACCCUCAGGUUGCCGGGAAGCAGGUGACGUCUCCCAGCAGAGACAGGAGGUGUUCAUCAGGGGCUGAGUCCAUCCUCAUCAAAGGCCAUGCAUCCCGGCUGCCGCUUCUGGCACGUGACUCUGUCAAAAUACUCAGGCAGAGAACUAAGAAGGACAGGCCGGCGCGGGCAGAACCUCUGGAGAUGGCGGCACCAGCAUCUCACCGUCAGUGCAGCCUUCCCGAGGAGUCCUCCACCUGGAGACCUGCUUCGCUGCCACCCAUACGCAACAGGCCAGAGUCUCCCGAGAGUCCCCCUCCAGAGACCAAAGCCCCGCGCCGCAGGCCGCCAACACCCUACCCACGCUGAUCAGGGCACGGGGUGCCUGGCACAGACAGAGCUGCACCCAAGGCUGCAAAAUCCCACCUGCAUCAUUCCUGGGUGCCAGUUCCCUGCACAAGAGCACAGCAAGAGGGACAGUGGGGGCUUGUGGGGAUUCCAGAGAGAACAAUCGGUGUACAAGCUGCGGAACAAGAUAGCUAAACCGCAUGAGAAAGGAGUGCUGAGCACAAAGGACGCCUCCAGGAGACAAAAAGAAGAGUCAAGCGAGCUGCGCGAUGGCCGCGUGAUAACCACCCUGAUUGGAGCAAGAGCGCGAGGCUAGGAACGACUCAUGGCUCUGAUGGAUGAGAGCCUGCGUGCACGGUUAAGGAGAAGACCAGGGGUGACUGCGUGCAAUGAUCUGUUGACAUGGAAAGGGGGGUGGGAAUGUUACAGGAGAGAACUUGGGAACGUAUGGAAGGGAUGUUAGAACCUGCAAUAAACAAUUGGCAUCAUUCA